AAUAACAGUACAGGUAAUACCUUUAAAUUAGGGAUACAGAAAUAUUUAUAGGAAAAUAAUAACCUUAUGACAUGAAUUUUAUGCUGACCAAUACUACUAAUAUAAUAAUAUAAUUAUGUAUAAUUUUAUGCUGAUAUUUUAACCAAACCAAUAUGAAAAUUAAUGUGAGAAAACUGAACCCAACCAUGUAAUUUUCUGGGCAAUAAAAAUGCGCCAACGACAAUGGAAAACUGCAACACCCUCAUUAGAUUUAGAUUUAUAUAGAUAAUGCAUUGGUUCCAUUUAAAAUUAUUUACUCAGACUUCGUGUAGUCUUCUAAAUGUGCAGUCCUUUGCGAAUUUAAUUAUGUUUCAAACGGGGAUUUAGUUGAGCUCUAUGCUUAGGUGAAUAGUCAAUUAGAAUCUGGGUAUUGUUCAUUUGGUUUUAUCACGUUUUGGCAGCUCUAGUUACCUUUUUCUUUUAUUUAUGUAUUUUUCUCUCUUGUUGGCCAUGACUCAUAACAUGCGUCGUUCAUGUGAUAUUCGAGAAUAUUAGCUCAUAUACACGUGUUUAUAACCCUGCUAACAUGAAACAAGCAAUAAGAAUAGACAUAAAUAUUUUCCAUGUGACAAAAUCUAAACUUUCGUUUAAAUACUUAAGCUCGAAAUAGGUAUGACGUGAGCAGGAGGUCGCCAUGUCGGGGGACAAUCAAGAAGAGAGGCAGGCUCGAUCCCUGGCACUCGAAAAGGCGUAUGUCCACGAUGUCUAUGACCAGAUUGCCUCCCACUUUACGGACACACGCUACAGACCAUGGCCUAGGGUCAAACAAUUUCUACUUGAUCUCGAGCCUGGAAGUCUGGUGGCAGAUGUUGGGUGUGGCAACGGAAAGUACCUGGACAUCAAUCCCGAGGUGAUGAAGAUUGGUGUGGAUCGCUGCGAAGCUCUGACAGCUGCUGCUCGGGCAAAAAAUUAUGAGGUGAUGACAUCGGACAACCUUCAUUUGCCCUUCAGAGAUGAAACCUUCGAUGCUGUGCUGUCCAUCGCUGUUAUCCAUCACUUUGCAACAACUGAUCGCAGAGUGGCUGCCAUCAAAGAAAUCACAAGAGUGCUCAGAAUAGGAGGGAAGGUGCUUAUCACUGUAUGGGCUAUGGAACAACGACACAGAAAAUUUGACUCGCAGGAUGUUUUGGUACCCUGGCACGAGCCUGUUAAAAGCAGUAGCGAAGACCGGGGUUCAUCCGUCGAGCGAGAACUGACCAGCACCACCACUAGUGAUGAUGAUAUUUUGGUGUACCACGCAUACUCCCACAUAUCGGACAACGAAGGUCGACAAGCGGCUGCGAACAAGAAGAGGCAAAAGUUCCGGAAUGGCCCUCGUAAAUACCGGAGUGCUGGAUCCGCCGAACAUUGCAGAGCCAACAGCAGCCAAAGUAGCUCUGAGCUGUCCAGUCCAAAUGAAACUUGCUACAGUUUUGUUAGGAGAGCAUUUCAGAGACUGUCUAAUCCUGCCUACGAUGAUGUAAAGCACCCUCCCUCCUCCAAUAAGCCUUAUUUCUACAGAUCUUGCAGAAAACCUUGUGUGUCCGAAAGUAUGGAUUUUGGAAAAAGCGGUAAAGAAAACGGAACGAAAUCUCCUAAAAACGAUGCGUUCCGUCAAGACAGUUUAGAUUCUGAUUACCCGGAUCAACCAGACGAUGACGACAUACCAAUUGAGAUACGCCACUUAGAGGGUUACGAUAUGUGUAAAAAGUGUGGUACGCCUACAAGUACCAAUUACGAGAAAUUAGGUAGCUGUGAAGCCCAUAUGUGUACCUCUUGCCUUCCGGUUAGCGAGCCCGAUUCCGGGAAAAAAUCUCGAUCUCUUAUUGAUUUCCUCAAUAUGAUUCCUGGCUUCCUGAGGGUGAAAAAGUGCGAGAAAGAACCUCUGUCAGAUCUCCACAAGCGAAUAUCCACUGCAAGUGAUCCUAGGGAAUACGUCAUUAAAGCGAGAGGUGGUGACGUCAACGGUAUUGUGCGUUCCAAAUCAACUGUGUCUAUGAUGUCACGCUUAGAAGAACUGAUGUCCUUAAGUCCUACAUAUGGGAAAGAAGAACUCGAGACUGAAUCUAACCCAAACAUCACCGCUGGACCUCGGGUCAAAGCCAAACCCUCAAUGCUGCAAACCUUUGCAGCCAGCGUAUUGGUGGAUGGUAUUAAGAACGCCAGUGAUAUUCCAGUGGUACCUUGUGAAACCAAGAGUUCUCGGCGGUACAACAGUCCGGCAGAUGCCUUGCGUAAGUUGCGCCAGGAUGUGUCUCUGGAGGAGGAUAAAGUUUUAUCUUCUAAAUGUAACAUUAAAGAAAUCAACACAGCAUUAACGGAGGAGAAAUUACAAAAUAGUGAUUUUGUUGUGACUUCUGGUAGGAAGUCUUCGGUUAAAAUUUCGAACGGCCCUUGUAAAGUGAAAAAAAUAAAAGAGCCCCGGAAUAAUGAUCUAGUUAAGCCACCUACGACGGAGCAAAGUGAAUCUACAGAGUUAAAGACUGAAAAUGACUCUCUGGAGAGCCACUUAUCUUCGUAUUACUCAAUGCCAGAACUCUAUAAACUGAUUGAUGACAUUCCUGAAGAAACAAUGUUUAACUCUGACAAACAGAGGCAUAUAAGCUUCUACGAACAAGCCCAGAACAUUCUUGCCGAUACCUCCUCUGGUCCAAACGAUCUUGCUUCCAGAGUUGGCAACUCUACGUUUGGUUAUCAGACGCAAGAGAGAACAGUAGUCAAUAUACCCCAACGAGGGCUUGUGAAGCGAAGCCUCAGUGUUGAUACUGGAGACAAUUCCUCCUCCUCACAUCAAGUACCAAGACGAUUCUCUGCUUCGGCAGCUCAAGGAGUACUGGCCUCAGCACUUCGGACGUACACUAUGCCCCGCAGCUGCAGCAGAGGGAGUUCUGUUAAAAGUGACACCAGUGUAGAUAGUGAGGAAUCUAUUGUGUCAGUCAUACCUCGAAAAGGUAAUAGUAUCACAAGUGAUACUAGUGUGGACAGCGAGGAAAGUGUUAUAUCUGUGAUCCAGCGAAGCACUAGUGAAUUUGAGACACUUGGUUCCCAGAAUGAAGUACGACACAACAUAUCAAGAUUCGGAAGCCGUUCAGCUCAAGCAUCUCCAGUGACAGUACUCAGUAGCCAAACAUCUUCCGCCGAAUCGUCCCCACCUCAAUCAGGAAAGAACGAUGGUCGGUUUCCCGGGUCUUCUGGAGUAAUUGAUCAAUUAAUGCAACAGCAGCAACUUAAUUAUCCUAAUGAAGGAAACCACGUGAUUCGGCAGGAUGGUAUGGAUCACUCUAUCAGGACGAGGAGGAGUCUUAUUAGACCCAUAUCGGAUCCCAAAAUUGAGGACAAACUACAUUCGCGGCAUUCAGAAGAUUCAAACGGAGUUCACUUGAUAAAAAAGAUUAGUUCUGACUCUUCAAAAUCAAGUCAGGGUAGUUUGGAAUCGGAUGAUGGCUUAAAGAUGAUUAGCGAUAAAGAUCUUCCAACCAAUAAAUCGAUUACAGAGUCCAAAAUGAAACCCCCUUCAGAAGUAGAUGCUACCAACGAAAGCGAUAAAAAAGAUGAAGAUGAGGGGGAAUUAUCUCGCACGCCAUCACCUAUCGGUCCAAUUUGUUACAUAACUGAUCCCUUAAUUACUGGAAUCGAACCAUCUGACAAACCAUCUGAAGCAACGGAUUUGUCAAAUGAAAGUGAAUCUAGGAUCAGAAGCAUACGUUUCAACUCGGAAGUAACCGAUCUCGAGAAAACCAAGCCAAGAGUACAAAAAUCACCCAAUGAACCAAUAGAAUCUGUUCUUAAAAACUCUAAAAAGAGUAAACUGAGUGAAAGUGAACCUUCAGAAGACAGUGAAAUCAUAGCACUAGAUAAUAAUAACUCAAAACAAAAUCCAUCUGAAAUAGCGAACAAUUCACCUACCUGUAGCACAUCAGACCUUAGCUGCCGCGAUCUAAAACAAAACAUAGCAGAUCAUGCUCACUUGUCCAAAUCUCGAGAUAGCGAGGUGAGACGAUCUUUGUUCAAACUCAAAGAGCGUUUGGAAAGUUUAACUUCAAGCCAGGGUUCCAUACAAAGUUUCGAUCUCUUUAAGAACGUAAGUCAUACUUUUGGUUCCCUGAGGAACAUCAAAGAGAAAUUAGAAUCCGAAGGAUCUGGCGAAGCUUCUAAAGUAUCGCCAACAUCAAAAAGUCUAAACGAUAGCAGGCAAUCCUCUCUUGACGAAUCAAGUCAGGUAACGCUGUCUGAUGAAUCAGUCAUAUCGAUGGAAGGAACUUCAUCUGUGUCUGAUGAAACGAAUGAUUACAGGAGAACUGAUGACGAGGAAGAUAAUCCGGACAGCAGUCAGGUGUUGACAGUGAAGAAAGUGAAUGAAUCUGUCGGAAAUGCCUUGAGUGAAAAACCAGUUAACCAACUUGAGGUUGCCAAAUGUGACGAGAAGUGUGUUUGUCCCAUUCCCAGACCCCCCAAAACACCCUCUUUUAGUGACACUGAGUUGCAUGCUGCAAAGAAAGGAGUACGAUGCGGUCUUAGGAAACGUUUAAAAAGGUCCUGUGUAACAAUCGAUGAAGUGGAAUGCCGCGAAUUCGUAUCAUCUGAAGACACCUCUCCCUCUUCUUCGGUUUCUUUGGAAUGGAAUGAUUUCGACAAAGUUGAUGCUUAUUCCUCGGGAGCUGCAGCCUGUUGCAGUGGGGGUCACAACUGCAGGGGAGGAGAACCCUCUGUUUCCGUCACUUGCGAUGACGUCAACGUUGCGGAACCAGAAACCAAAUUCAACAUCGUCAUGGAGAAAGAAAUGUGCGUCUUUUUCGAAACACCUCCGUCUUCCUCAAUGGGAAAAUCAGCUUCGUCUUCCUCAAACGCGACAGAUUUUUCAACGACCUCUGACAGAAUUCGAGGUGUGAUGCAAAGGGAGAGAUCCGACGAUAGAUCUUCAAAAGAGAGUGAUAGUGAUAAUCUUAGCAAGCUCUCUGAUAUCGAGGCCAGGUCUGAUUCAGCCUUCUCCGAGGACUUCGCAAGGAGGACUGACCUAGCCUCUUCAUCUUCAUCUGCGUCCCUGGACGUACUUGAUUCGUUGAAGUCCAAACUGAGCAAUGACUGUGAGUGCGAUGCUGUUUCGUCCACCAAACAGACGACGAGUUGGGUGCUGGACAACAUAGACGAAAUGCCCGAUGAUGACCAGUGCCAUGGUGAAGUGAGCGUCCAGAACAAAUCCUUGACGCCAUCGUCAUCCUCUUCUUGGAAGAGUGAAAUGUCCGAUGAACAAAGAAAAAAGAGCUUUUUAAACUGUGCGGCAGAUUGCCGGGACAUGUACAGAAUUAGUUUCGAUGAAAAAGGAAGGAAGGAAAGGCGUUUUAGUGUGCCUGACGCUGAACUUGAACGCCCGCAUUUAGGUUUGAUCAUGCCAGACAUAGCACCCAGUCCCUUCGAGUUGUUUCCAAAUUUCAGAAGAAAUGCUGAAGAAGCUGAGCAGCCUACAGACUUAAUUGCAGCCAUAGGAGAAGCCAUAUCAGACGUUAGAUCUGCCUUUUGGGAAGUGUACCCAAGGCAAGAACCCAAAAUUGAGGACUGCAGUUCCGACGAAUCUGUCAGAAUAUCAACUUUUGAAAAGAUUCUUACUGCAGUUGAUCCUCCUAAGUGUCGGCAAAAGAAUAAAUCAAAUAAUUGCAGAUCAACGGAACAGAAGUUGCAGAACAAUAAAUCUAACGACCGACCAGAAGAAAACACUAAGCAAGAAAAUGGAUCAGGUAAAAGAUGUUCUGGUCAAAAAUCUUGCAAUGGAAGUGCCUGUGACUUGGAGAACAAAGAAUCAAAUAAUCCUAAAUCCAACUUAAACUGUUUGGGGCAAGCUUACGUUGAAUUGCCACCUGAAACCGUCACGAACUCGGAUGACAAGGAGAACAAAACGGGUGAAGACCAGGACACAAAAUGUUCCAUUCCAAAUUCUAACUCAUCAGAAAAGAAAAUACCAGAGAAACUUAAGAUACUCAACCGCUCAUCGCAAAGUGUGUGCCUGGAUCGUCUUCGUCAGAGUUCGGUGGAGGAAGACAUUCAAUCCACGCAAUCGGCUCCAUGCUCACCAAGGAUGAAGCCAAGGCAAAAAUCCGUGGAAGAGGUCCUAUCCAGCAGCAAAAACGAACUUUCCAGAAACUCUUCUCUGUCUCAGUCCACUUCGCAGGAAAGUCUGCCAGAGAACGAGACGGGAGGUCUGAUGGCAUAUCAUAGGUACUACCAUGUCUUCCGAGAAGGCGAAUUGGAUAAUUUGAUUGAAACUCAUGUCGACAAUUUGCAUAUUAUUUCUUCUUAUUACGAUCAUGCGAAUUGGUGCGUCGUUGCGGAAAAAGUUCAGGUUUGGACUAUUUAAAAACGUUUACCAAUGCACAACUUUCAUUUAUCGUAAAAUUAAGAAUGAGCUUAUACACAUACGAGAAUUAAGGCAACUGUUUUCUGAACAUAACAGGGUUAAUGAUGAACGAUUACUUCAUACAUGAACAAAAUAACUGCAACGUGCAUAACUCCUUGAACAAACUUGACAUAAUUUCUCGCAUAGCACGGCAUGCUGUCAGAUUUAUUUAAGCGCAAAUCAUUAUAUGUUGCCAACUUUUGCUGUAAACUUGUAGUCAGAUCGCGUAACUAACGUUUUUCUCGAUUUCAAAGUCACAUUUAAAUCCUAAAUGAGAAUGCAUAGCUCUGGCAUAAAGCAUAUGUAUUAAUUUUAUUCAGAGGAAUGUUAUUCUUUUAUUUUAAUGAUAUAAAUCACAUUCAUUUAUCAUUUGAUACGUUUAGUGAUAUGUUACUUUUAUAUUAUCAUAGAAUAUGUGCAAUGAUAUAAAACAUACUCAUUUACCAUUGGAUGCUUAAUAACACUAAAAGAUAUAUAUUCUAUCAUUGGAAAUACUUAUUGAUAUGGAAUGUACUCAUUUAACUUGUUUAAUGUAUGAAACAUGUUAAUUUACUAUUGAAUACAUUCAAUGAUAUAAAACAUAUUCAUUUACCAUUAGAUGCUUAAUAACACUAAAAGAUAUAUAUUCUAUCAUUGGAAAUACUUAACGAUAUGGAAUGUACUCACUUAACAUCGAACUUGUUUAAUGUUAUGAAACAUGUUAAUUUACCAUUGAAUAUGUUUACUGAUAUGAAACAUAUUCAUUCACUAUUGGUUACUUAAUAAACAAAGAUGUUUAUUUUAUCAUUGGAUGUUUAUUCUAUCAUAUUAAUUUACCACUGAAUAUGUUUAAUGGUAUUCUGAUAUAAUUAUGUUUAGUGUGAACAUGAAAGAGUCAGUGGCACAUAACAGUUGAUUAUUUGAAUCGACAAUUAUUGUAGAGGAAGUUCAUUACAUAUUAAUUGUUUAUUAUUUCAUUUUCAAUCAUUUCACUUUGAACUGAAUAAUUUUCGCUUGUUUCGAUUUGGAUACAGUGGUUUAACCAGAGACUCAGUUAAAAAUGGAAUAAAUCGAGAUAUGAUAAAUUCAAUGUUUGAGUGUGUAAAUCAGGAUAUGGAAUAAAUUAGAAAUAAAUGUUAUGUUUUCUAAACAAAAUGGAAUAAAUCAGGAUGCUUGAAGUUCAGUAUUUUAAUUUGUAAAUCAGGAUAUGGAAUAAAUUAGCAAUGCGUGAUAUAGCUCCUAAGUGAAAUGAAAUAAAUCGGUAUAUUCGAAAUUCGCUGUUUAACUAUGUUAAUCAGGAUAUAGAAUAAAUUGGAAAUGAAUGGUAUAUUUUCUAAGUAAAAUGGGAUAAAUCAGGAUGUUUGAAAUUUAAUAUUUAAAUUGGUAAAUCAGGAUACCUGAAAUUUAAAUUGGUAAAUCAGAAUUCGGAAUAAGUCUGGAUACCUGAAAUUUAAUACUAUUUAAAUUGGUAAAUCAGGAUACGGAAUAAGUCUGGAUACCUGAAAUUUAAUAUUUAAAUUGGUAAAUUAGGAUACUUGAAAUUUAAUAUUGAAAUUGGUAUAUCAGGAUACUCAAUAAAUCAGCGAAUAAAUCAGCAAUGUAUGAUGUAGCUCCUGAACAAAAUGGAAUAUUUGAAAUUCAAUUUUUUUUUAUAAAAAGUUAUAUAUUAAGGUUGUGCUAUGCGAGAAAUUAUAAUCUCGAGAAAAAUCAAUUUUUUCUCGCGCUUACAAAACUUGCUCUGCUUCAGAAUUUGUUUUGAAUCGGUUACCGCUCAAGUAGAAUCGUACAAAAGUUGCCAGUUUCGUCAUAAAUACAAAUAGGAAAUUAAUACAUCUAUUUUACAACAACAAUAUACCGAAGUUUUAAUUAUUUUCGAAUAAUAUUUAAUGAAUGAUUGCUGAAAAUUCAUUCACCUGUGAUCCCUACAUUUUCAGGGUAAGUGUGGUUUAGUGCCAUUAGUUACAAAAGAUGUCUACUUGUAAAGUGAAGUCAUAUGUUGCCAAUUUACUAACUUGCCAAAUGUAAUUACUUUAACGGCAAAAGAUAAAUAAUUAUUUUAUUUAAUUGGACUUGCGAGAAUCUGAUACAAUAUGACAAAAUUAUUUUUUUAUUAAGUUAUUUACAAUUGAAAUAAUUCAGAAAUACCCUAUGCUUAAGUAAAAGCAACAACAUAUUUUAAUUUUUUCUAUAUCAGAAAACGGUUGUUUGAACAAUGGCAAAACAAAAUAUCUAAAAUUGCUAACCAAAUAUGUUAAUAACUAUUCCCAAUUUAUGCCAAAUAUGUUGAUAACUAUUCCAAAUUCAUAAGUGCUAAAAUUGCUUAAAUUUUAAUUUACGUCUGUUUAUUUGUAUGCUUUUUUAAAAUUAUUUUUGAUUAAGAUUCGAAAACUUAUGGGCAAUCAUUACAAAACAGAUUAUAUGCAUAAAAAUUUUUUGUGGUGUAUAAAAUAUAAACGAAAUAUGGUCAUGUUUUGUACUCUAUGCAGGGCUGCAGAAUCUUUGCGCUUUUUGUAAAAAUUUAUUCUAGUGGUAGCUAUGUUUAUGUUUUAAUGUAAUAUUUACUAUUUAUUCAAACUUAUUUUCUACAACACCACAUAUAAAUUAUUUAAAAGUUCAUAUGCAGCGCCCCUUUACUCCAAAUCUCCGCUGGUGAAGCAUAAAAUGUUUGCAAAAUUACCAAAAACUUUGAGAGUUUCGGUUUUGAAAGGUCUACCACUCUAUAAAAUAUUUUGCAAAAAGCGUUGCAGUUAGCAGGCCUAUCUAUGGUCCAGUCUUAUAAAACAGUUCUUAUUAAACACAUUUUUAUUUCAGUUUUACUGUCUCAUAACCUAUCUAUUUUUCAAAAUGUUUAAGACACUGCGUACUGAAAAGCAUAUUUAGAGCGUUGUUAAUUUGUUAUGAAACAUUUUCCAAUUCCAUAAGUGAAUAUAUAAUAUAUUUCAGGUAGUUGUAACCUUACCUUGCCUUUCAAAAAACGAUGGUGCUUUUCAGAAAAUUAUUGUCCACCAUUUAAAUUAAGCGUAACUAGAAAUAAAAUUAAACAUAUCUAGAGAAAAUACAUAAAGCUCAUAUUCCUUAAAAUAUUUUAGAGAUAAUCUAGCGAUUUAUUGUAUAUAAUGUAAAAAAAAAAAUAAAACGUUUUGCAUGUCUUUUUCCUUGACAGCAAAAUAUGAAACUUAUUAUUAUAAACAAGCUUGAAUAUUUAUGUUAUCUUUUGAGUGUCUAGAUGUGUUAUAGAUUGUUUAAAAUGACGUUUAUAAAGUAUGUGAAUAAAAUAAAUAUAUACAUAUGUAUAUAUACAAGUUACAAUAUUUUAUGAUUGUUUAUGAAUUUAUGGGUUACAUCCUUAAAGCGUGGAUGUAAGAUAUCAUUAAAAUGCUUGACUUGUAUUCUGGGUGUUGCGUAAUGACAGUCCUUAUUACAUAUAUUUAAAUUCCUUUGCGAAAAAGAAGUCAAAAGUAUGCUCAAUAUGGUUGAUAGAUAACACUGGGGAAAUAAAUUCGCUGCAUUUAUAUGGUCAGUCUGUGUAAAGAACGAUGACUAUGGUCACGAGGUUUAACUAUUUAAAGUUGAGUCAGAAUUUGAAAGAGUUUUGAUCGGUGAGAGAAAGAGAAUCAUCUUUGUAAUGCGUUGUUUCUUGUUUCCAUAGCAACAGGCGGCCUUAGACUUUGUGGCGAGGCAGUUAUUCCAAUAGGCAAACUACAUAAGCAUUUGAUCUCACCUAAUUCGGGUGUGGAGAUUUCAAAUCUGGAAUCAGCUUUGUCCAGAUGCUACAGAUUUUUUUUUUAAAUAGUACUUUUAAUUUAGUUUAUUUUUUGAUUGAAUGAUUUGAUUAAUUAAUCCCUAAAGAACUUUCUAUACAUAUAUAUGCACUGGUCUGCUCCUUUGAAAAGACUAUAUAUAUAUAUAUAGAGAGAGAGAGAGAGACAGAAAGAGAGAGAUUUGUGAGUGAACUUAACUUAUCGUAACAUAAAUUGAAUUGCAUUAUUGCCUUAUACCCGCCAUUCCUUACGUGGCAGAGAAGUUUGAAAACUUAGUAGUCACUCAAGUGAAUUUUGAAAAUUUUCUGGUUAGGACUAUAUUAAAUUGCAUAAACGCUGUUAGUUUGUGGAAAGAAACCAAUAGGGAAAGGAACAGAUUUGAAAUAAACAUUGCGAAAUUGCGCAAGAUCAAUUAAAACAUUUGAUGCAACGGAACAUUUUUUUUCCUGAAUGUAAUUAUUUGGCCGAGGAAAGAACAAAAACACUAUUGAAAUCUAGCAAGUAACUACUGAGGGAGGCGGGGCGAAACCAACAAGAAUUGGUUGCUGUAUGAUGCAAUGAGGAUUUGAAAAGCGAUUAGCUCCAAGUUUCAGCAGGCAAUCAAACAGGUCUUGAAUGCAUUCAGGCAGUCUUCGUCUGUCUGUUCUGAUUUCUUAAAAUUCGAUAGUUUUUUUGUUUUUUCCUAGCUUUUCUACCACAAAGUGUAUAAUUUUUUGACUUCAAUUACUACAAGGAUUCUAAAAUUUUACACUAAGGAUAGUGAUUAAGGAACACCCUAUAUUUUGACCAUGAUUAUCACUAAGAUUUUCUGAAAGUGUGAUAAAUUUAUCAAUGGCAUGAAGAAGUUUAGAAGCCAUUAAAUAAAUUAAAACUUUAAAAAUUUACUUUUACUUCGAAGUUACUUUGAAAGAGCUUUAUUGUUUAUAUUUAAACGAAAAUAAGGAUUUAUAGUCAUUGUAAUUAAGGAGAAGUUUAAAAAAACAUCCAUACCUUGAUAACUGUAUUAAAUGUGACUUCUCAUUGUUUAUUGUUAUUACCUGUAGUACUCUUGACAAAAACCUAUCGCCUCUGUAUAUAAAUGUAUAUGUUCUUUCAAUCGUCUAUUGUUGUGUUUCCUGUUGUUAUAAUAUGUAAUAAAAAUAUUUUCAAAUUU